CGGACAGGUGCAGAAGAUUUAGUAUGAGUAAAGUGGCGGUCUCCUCUUAUUCCGCUCGUAUUCGAAUCGUGCGAGGCACAGCAAAUCUCGAUGUCGGUCGCCACUUCUUCUUCCGCUCGAAAACUAUCCCAAAUCCUGAUCUCUUCGGCGAUUCAGAGAUGCCGCCUCUCCGGGAACCUCUGCAGAUUGUCGAUUUCUCUCAAAUGCUUCCACGAUUCCAACCCUCCCUGCGUUCAAAUCUCGAUUUCUGACACGGGUGUUGGAAGCAGCUUGGUAGAGUUUCAGGACUUGGACUUCCAGUCGCUUUCCCUUUCUACUGAUAACUGGGAUGGGGUGCUUUCCAUUACAACUACUGGCAUUCGUGAUAAAGAUAUCCAUCAUUACUAUUUGAAUCUUAAAGAGGCAAUUUCUUCCAGAACAAGGUUGAAAAAUUUACCUUCCAAACGUAAAACUAUGGGGACAUUCAGUGGGACUGAAAUAUGUCUUUCCACCAUGGAGGAAGAGAAUGUUAAUGACUUCAUAGCAUGGAUGGUUCGCUUCAUCCGAAAGAUACUUGUAUUGAAAACUCCAAAUAUAACAAUGGAUCUCCUAGUUGAGCAUGUUGACAACUUUGGGUCACGAUGUGAUCAUAUUCUCCAAGCGAUUGAUGAUUUUGACCUAACUUUGACAAUGCCAACUAUCAAGUGCCUUGUGUCUGGCCUUGAAGAUCAUGUUCUCAAGCAUGGAAAUGUUGUACAUAAGCAGUGUCACUCUUGCUUCGCCAAUAGAGAUCAUUUAUAUGUUGGAAGUGGACUAGCAAGCAACACUGACAAUAUCAGAGGUGCCGGACAGGUGGUGGAAGCAGUGAUUGUAAUUGCACCUGUUUCUUCACAACCCUGUUGUUGGAGCAUGAACUGUUUAACGUCACAGGUCAUGUAUUUCCAAGACUUCACAUCUUGCUCAAUUUCACAGCCAGCUCUCCAUGCAUUGACAAGUAUUGAUUGGCAGAAUUAUGGAUUAAGGUUAAGGGGCAAUUUUGUAGAUGGAGAUGAUAUCACAGUGCUUGAAUGGGAGGACAAUCCAUUUGCUCGCAUGGAUAUUGCCCUCCACAUUUACCACAAAAUUGUCACCCUAGUACCUUCACGACAAAGGAUUCCAGCUGACAGAAAACUUGUCAAGAAAGCUGUAAAGAUCGCACUGGAUGACGUAAAGGCCAAGUAUGGUGGAAUUUUUCUAAGCACCCAUGCUCUCAAGAUUCGAAAGCAUGCUCCCGAGCUUUCAAGAACAAUUGCCAAACUGAUCACAUCAUCCAAUGAUUUGGACUUCCAAAGUGAGUGUGCUACAUUUCUUGGGCUGCACCAAUUUGAUGCAGGCAGAGAAGGGGUGGUUGAAUCCUGCAUCAGGGAAAAGAUUAUUGGGAUUAUAGAGACGAAUGAUAGAAAGUCAAAGGCAGAAAGGGAUGCUGCACCCAGCCUCUUUAAAUCUGAGUGCCUAUGCGAGGAAGAUUGUGUAGAUGAAGAGAAUGAAGAUGCUGCAGAAGAUGUCAGUAUUUUGGAUUUUUAGUGUCCCACCUAAUCUUUAGAUUUGUUGACUAAUGAUGCAUUAUGCGUCUCAUUGUCAUGUCAUUUUGUAUUAAUGCAAGUAUAACCAAAAGUGUCAUUGACUUUAGGCACCACAGGAUUGACGUUGCCAUACGUUAGCCCACCAGAUUUUAAAGACUAGUCACAUGUUAGCCCUUCAGACUUUUUAAGGACUGGGCAUCAUCUAGUAGUGAAAGCAUUGUCGGCCACUGAAGUAUCAUGAUGAAACCAUCAGAUUGUUCUGGUAGAAGCAAAUUGAGCCUGAUCUAAUUGCUUUCAUGAAUUUAGUUGGCUUUUUUUUUUUCCCGCUCUUCUCAGCAGAAUGAGAAUCUUUAAACUACUAUUUGCCACAUACUGUCAUUCAGUCUCUAUUCUUCCUUUUAGUACAAGCAACAUUGAAAUAUCAACAAUA